AUGCCCGCCGCCGUCUACCCCAGAUUUCAAGCUGCCGCCCAACGUGGUCCCCGCGGCCUGGAGAAACACCCUCUGCUGCUCUUCCAGCGUAGCCUCGCGGCUGCGGCUGUUGCGGCGUGGCUGGACGGCUCUGGCCAAGGGGUGGCAAUGAGACUCCAUCUCGGGAAGCCCAGACGGCCUCCGACCCGUCCCAUCGAGCAUCGUGGGCUCCAGAUGAGAGCCCCUCCCUCGUCGGCGGUCAGGGACGAUGCUCGCCAGUGCACAAUUGCAUCAAUGGGCGAAAUGGCAUCCAGCAGCAUCAGAGCCGAUGGCAUCCAGAGCACUAUGAUGUGUGACGCAGCGCUCGCGCCUGUUUGA